CAUCAAGCAAAAAGUGACGACGAAUAAAGAAAGCUUACCAGUGGGGAAGUCGUAAUUCCCUCCCGCACACAAACAAAAGCUCUUUGUUUCUUUUUGAAAACACCGCCCGGCAGUCUGAAGUCAUGAGUUAGAUACUCCAAACAGAUACUUACGCUGGCAUUGCCUCGUUGAAAAUGGAGCGGGAGUUUGAGGACAUUGAAUCGGAGGGCCGGUGGCACAAAUUGUACAUGGAAAUCCGAAGUCAGUCCCAUGAGCACUCAUAUAAAGUGGCUAAGUAUCCUGAAAACCGUUGCCGCAACAGAUACAGAGACGUCAGCCCGUAUGACCACAGUCGGGUGAAGCUCAAAAACGCUGACAACGACUACAUCAACGCCAGCCUGGUGGUGAUGGAAGAAGCGCAGAGACGUUACAUAUUGACUCAGGGUCCCCUCAGGAACACAUGCGGCCACUUCUGGCUUAUGAUCUGGGAGCAAAAGACCAAAGCCAUUGUCAUGCUCAACAGAGUCAUUGAGAAGGGCUCGGAAAAGUGUGCUCAGUACUGGCCAAUGGCAGAGGAGCGUGAAAUGACGUUUAAAGACACGCGCUUCCUAGUCACGCUGCUGUCAGAAGACGUCAAGUCUUACUACACCACCAGAGUGCUGGAGCUGCUGAACAUUAGUACAGGGGAGAAGAGGGAAAUCCACCACUUUCACUACACGUCAUGGCCAGAUUUUGGCGUGCCAGAAUCGCCGGCGUCCUUCCUCAACUUCCUGUUGAAGGUUCGCGAGUCGGGGGCCCUGGGCGCCGAUCACGGGCCCACCGUGGUGCAUUGCAGUGCCGGUAUAGGCCGCUCGGGGACCUUCUCGCUGGUGGACACUUGUCUAGUGUUGAUGGACAGACAAAAAGAAGCAUUACCGUUGGACAUUCGCGGGAUCCUGCUGGACAUGCGUAAGUUCCGCAUGGGUCUCAUCCAGACGCCUGACCAACUACGCUUCUCCUUCAUGGCUGUCCUCGAGGGAGCCAAGUGCAUCAUGGGAGACUCAUCUGUGCAGAAUCAUUGGCGGGAAUUGUCCGGGGAGGACAAGACCCCGACCGAUAAUUCGCCAGAAAGAUGUAACGGCGGUCAACGGGCGGAACCGCCCGGCGACGUAGGCGACUGCAGACGUGACGUCGAGAGGCCGAGUCAGUCGCCGGAACAAGAAAACAACACCACACAAGCAAAGACUAUCGACUCCUGACUACGCUCCGACGCCGCGUCCGAUGACGACGACAGAAAAGCUGGCAGGGAAAAGACCGACCUAACUGUACUUCUUCUUCGCCAGGAUCUCUUGUUCCUCUUCAAAGUGUUUACAGAACCCACUCAAAAAAAAAAAAGAAGAACCAAAACACACCAGCAUUUCUCAAAACCUUAUCAAUAUCCGCAGCUUUUGUCAUACACACGUUUAUACCGACUGAAAUAGGGACUAUGCAUUAUUCAAGUUCUGAUUUCUAGAUGUGUAUUUUUUGGGGGGAGAGAAGACCUUUUUUGAUAAAUGUUUUAUUUUUUUAUAAGGAAAAAAGUACUUGAAGCAGUAAAGGCAUGUACAUAGUUUUUUUGUUUUUAAGAAAGUUAAAUAUAUAAAGACAUUGUUACAUGUUUGAACAGACAAUUUGAUGGAAAAAAGAGACAAUGAAUUUUCCCUCCGUUAUCUUAUAAUAAAACUGAUAAUUUACAGAAUGGAUGGACCUCUUAUUUAGCUAAUUUAACGGCGAUAGACGUCCAAUCCAUUUUGACUGGGACGAAAUGGAUUGGACGUCUAGCCCGCAAAUGGCAGCCAAUGAGUUGAGCAGUGUCGACUCAAGCUAUGAAGCUAGUAUGAAGCUUUACAUUCGAGUAUUCGAGUACCGUAAUUUCCCGAAUAUAAGGCGCACCCGUGUAUAACGACCACCCCAAAUUUACUUGUAAAAUCUAGGGAAAAUUAUUGUACCCGUGUAUAACGCGCACCCUAAUUCUAGCACCAAUAAAUAGAAUACAAGAAAACAGAGCUCGUGUACAGAUACAGAAAUGUCAUUUUACUGACUGGUGAGAAACAGCACAAGCAUAGCACAUUGGUAGUUCAAAACAUUACCGUAAACUGACAAUAUGUACGGUAAUAAUAUGAUCUGAUAACUUCAAUUUACCAGAAUCCAGGAGAAAACAAAACAGAUGUGACUUUUCUAUUAAAGGCUGCUGUAUAACUUGCUCAUUUCAUCAUGAUGAAUAAAUGUUUCCUCCAUGGAUUGAUACUGUAAAAUGAAAGUGAGAACGGAAGUCUGAAAUCCGAGAGAGCUAAUCACUGUAGACACGACAGUAACAAUAGGAACUAUUGUUAUUUGGGUUUGAGUUUCCCGAGGGACAGAUAUGGUUGACGGACACAGGAAGUCUGUGAUGUGUUACGUUUGUUAUGGUCCAAGUUGCGGAGUUGCAAUAAACGUAGACUCAAAUGAGUUCAAAAAACUAAAUUCUGUGCUUUAUGAAGAGUGAAAAAAGCACAAUUUAACACAGACGAAAUCAUUCGACCGAUCAGUGUGAAGUAUUACCGAAACAAAAUGGUGACGUCACGUACCGUAAUGGUCGGCAACGGAUUGCCGCAUACGUUUCUUCAACACAACAUGGCUUUGUCAAUAAAAAAAAAUCUGUUUAUAUAUAUAUUUCUGUCUCCAUCCCUGUACCCGUGUAUAAUGCGCACUAUGAUUUUACAAGUUGAUUAUGGGGAAAAAAGUGCG